CUUCAAAACCAACCCGUUUAAAAGAGAAGAUGACAAAUUGUAAUAAAAUCUCCAACUAAGCCAAUUAACUUCUACAGUGUUGGGGCAAACAAACCUUGUACAUGAUGUCUCUUCUUCCUGCACCAUUCCAAUUGAAGCUCCUCCACCGCUCACUCGUGAUGGUUCUAAUCGCUGCCACUUUCCUCUGCUUUAACUGUUUCCGAUCAAAACCAUUAAUGCUUCGUUUCUCCCCUUCCAUGCAAGCAUUUAAGUGCUUUUUCUGCUGCCAUUGAUUGCUAAAAGAAUAUAUAACGGUGAAAUCCCAGUAUAUCUUAGCCACUAGGAUUUUGGGUUUGCAGCGUCUGUAAACUCUGUAACAGAAACUCUCUGCAGAGUUUUCAUUCGAAAGUCUGAGAGAUCUGAGAGAGAAAGAUGAACAAAUAUACAGUUCAGGUGGAGAAUGGGAGGGUUGGGAAGAACGGUCAGCCAUCUGUAGGUCCAGUUUACCGGAGUUCUCUUGCAAAGGAUGGAUUUCCACCGCUUGAGCCCGGCAUGAACACCUCAUGGGAACUUUUUAGGUUUUCUGUAGAAAAGAAUCCUGAAAAUAAAAUGAUUGGAUGGAGGGAAUUCAACCAAGGGAAGGCAGGGCCUUAUGUUUGGGCAACUUAUAAGGAAGUCUAUGAGGAAGUAAUACAUAUUGGCUCAGCUUUAAGGCAACUAGAUGUGUCACCUGGUACACGAAUCGGUAUCUAUGGAGCGAAUUGCCCACAAUGGGCUAUGGCAAUGGAGGCUUGCAAUGGAUAUAGCUUAAUUUGUGUGCCUCUCUAUGAUACACUAGGAGCAGGUGCCAUUGAUUACAUAAUCGAUCAUGCUGAAAUUGAUGUUGUCUUUGUACAAGAUAAAAAAAUUAAACAGGUUCUUUCUUUUGAAUGCAAAGCUGCAAGGAGACUGAAAUCCAUUAUUUCAUUCACCACUGUAUCUAAGGAACAGAUAGAUGUUGCUGCAACCAUUGGAAUAAAAGCUUAUUCAUGGAAUGAUUUUAUUCUACUGGGAAAGAAGUCUCCCUUAGAACCUUUGCCUCCUCAACCACUUGACAUAUGCACAAUAAUGUAUACUAGUGGAACGAGUGGUAAUCCAAAAGGGGUUAUUUUAACACAUGAAACACACGCGACAUAUGUAAAAGGGGUUGAACGUUUUCUAGAUCAAUUUGAAGACAAGAUGACAGUUAAUGAUGUUUACUUCUCCUUCCUUCCUUUGGCGCAUAUUCUUGAUCGCAUGAUUGAAGAAUAUUUUUUUCAUAAGGGUGCUUCUGUUGGGUACUAUCAAGGGAAUAUUGAAGCUUUAAGGGAUGACCUCAUGGAACUGAAGCCGACAUUCUUCGCUGGCGUCCCUCGAGUGUUUGAAAGAGUACAUGAAGGAAUAUUAAAGGCAGUGGCAGAGCUAAGGCCGCUAAGAAGAUUGAUCUUUAACCUUUUGUACAAGCAUAAAUUACACUGGAUGAGACUAGGAUACUCGCAUAAAACUGCCUCCCCAUUUGCAGAUUUCUUAGCAUUUAGCAAGGUGAAAGCAAGACUUGGAGGCCGUGUUCGCUUGCUUGUAUCUGGAGGUGCCCCAUUGAGCCCCGAAAUCGAAGAGUUCUUAAGAGUAACUAGUUGUGCUUAUAUGUUACAAGGCUAUGGGCUUACAGAAACUUGUGGUCAGACUACCAUUGGAUUCCCUGAUGAUCUCUCUUUGAUUGGAGCCGUUGGUGUACCCACUACAUUUACAGAUUUACGUCUUGAAGAAGUUCCUGAGAUGGGCUAUGAUCCAUUAGGUCAACCUUCAAGAGGUGAAGUUUGUGUUAGGGGAAAAACACUCUUCUCUGGCUACUACAAGGACCCUGAGUUAACAAAAGAAGUAAUCAAAGAUGGUUGGUUUCAUACAGGAGACAUUGGUGAGAUAACACCUAAUGGGAUAUUGAUAAUAAUUGAUCGAAAGAAGAAUAUUUUCAAACUUUCACAAGGAGAAUAUAUUGCUGUUGAAUACUUGGAGAAAGUGUAUAGUGCUACUCCUAUCAUAGAAGAUGUAUGCUUUCUUCUCUUACAAGAUAAAUGCAAUUUUUUUAAAUAUAUAUAUAUAUCUUCUUGUCUCUUUCUAUUACCUUUCUCUCUUUAUUUUCAAAUAUGUUUCACCUAUUUUUCAAUAGACAUAAAUGUGUUUGCAAUGUCAUUCUCUAAACAGUUAAGAGGAUUUGAGUAUAUUAGUGGUAUUGUAGUGGAUCCUCGACCUUUUGACAUUGAAAGAGACCUUAUUACUGCCACAAUGAAGAAGAAGAGAUCUCAAAUGCUAAAAUACUACCAGGUUGAGAUCGAACAGGUUUAUAAAAACUUGGUAGAAGAGAAUAAAUGAGGUUCAAGCUAUCUUCAUAACAUAGAAAUGUUGCAUAUUUAUUUUGAAAUUGUGAUUAGUUUCAUAUGUAAGGUAAAAUUAGCUAUUUCCAGUUCUAUUUUAGUAAAGAAUAAUUGUGUUUUCAAUGAACUACCAUUGAAACCACUUAGCUUGGUUCUAGAGAAACUUUAUUUUCAUGUUUAAAGGGUAAGAAAUGACAUCCUGAUUCGAAGAAAAUAGAUGUUGUUUACUUGAUAGUAA